ACAACGUCAAAAAAUAAUAAGUGGUAAGAAUAUAUUCCGUUUCGGUCAUUAUUUCCUAUAUCUGUUUUGCCAGAACUUGUUGCAGUGCUGCAUUUCCUUUGAACAAAUAUGAUCUAGGUGAACAUUAUAAAUAAUAAGACGAUUUAUUAUGCAUUUUUACUGCACAAUUGUUUAAUUUAUAUGAUGUAUAGACUAUUAUCAUGCUCCAACGUAUUAGUGAUGGUUUUAUAGUGAUUAGUCGUUUUCUUAAACGCCGUCGUUCUAAACGUAUGUACAUACCAUACGUAUGUAAAUAUUUUUGUUAAGACAUACAAAAUAUACAUAAGUAUGUAUGUUAAAACUUCGCAAUUAAAACUCGAACUAGAAUGUUUUUUUUUUGUAGAAAUUCGGCUUUAUACCUCACUGUAUUUUAAAAUUAUUGGUUUCCUGCGAUUUAAGUGACUAAUCUAUAUUUAUAGGCACAUAACACAUAUGACACACUAGCAUAUGCAUUUAUUAAAUUUUAAUGUAUCACUUCUGGCAUUUGCAUGUGUACCGUCAAACAUAUGAUAAGGUGAAGAGGUGCAUCUAAUUAUUUAUAUUUGGUAUUUGAUCUAUGGUGAUCAUGAUUCUGAAAACUAGUUAAUUUGGAUUUCAUAUUUUCAUUUUUAAAAUAAAUUGUUUAUAUACAGUACAUGAACUUGGAUUUUCACUAAGAAUAUUAUGCCAAACAUUUUUCUACGACUAGUAAGUGUAGAAUUAAAAGCUGUAAAUGACAAGUGAAUGGAGAAAGACUUAACUUAGAAUCGUAUUGAAAAUACCCUAAGGCGAAAAGUAAAAAAUUUUUUCGAACAGAUUCUAGCUUGUCAAAAUGGAUUUGGUAGCUAGGACUUCAUACCACAGAGCCAUAUUCCAAUAUAGGCCUAACCAAAGUUGUAAAAAGAGUUUUUAACCCAGCGUUUAACAAAACUAAGGUUAUCAUUUGCUUCCAAACCCAUGGUAUGAGUAUGAGGACUAAAAUUAAGUAUAGGGUCCAUAGUAACUACCAAAUCAACAAAGUUAAAAACUUGCUCUAGUCUAUACUUUUUCCAUAUUAAAUUUAAAUAUUUUUUAGUAAUAGUUUUUUAAAUCAGAAUCUCUGAAGCAUUCAAUUGUUGGUUAAUUUUCAAUGCUGGGAUAUGGUUUUACGACUUUAUGUGGCUCUUUAUUUUAUUAAACAUUGCAAUACUAAUGUAUGUACAUAUAUAUGUGUGUGUGCAAGUAUAUAUGUCACUUCGAUUUGUUUCCCGAACAGUGACCGAUUGUUUAAAAUUGUUGUCUCAUCCAUGUUGCUACCACACACUAAACGAUCGGCUGGUCAAUUAGCUGUCUCCAUAAAAUCCUCGCCAUACUGUUCCACUGUUGAGUUCUCUACACUUUAACUGCUUAGUUUCAGUCAUUCAUACGGUUCCAUGCUGGAACGACGUACACCUGCUGCUCGUCUGCUCGCUAGUGAUCGCAUAUCGUGCACAAAAUCUGUGAUUGUAUUUGUGAGAUUCUGUGUUUAUAUGUAUUGUUUAGUAAUUUUUUCCUGUUUUAAUCGUUUUUAAUACCAACACAAAAAUAUUAUUUAAUAGUACUUGGAGCCGUUGGUAUUAAUUAUAUUGUGUACUUUAAUAUUUAAUCUUCUAAUAAUAUUUUAAAUAAAACUCGAGUAAUAAUACAACUGCAUAAUAACUUCUCGAUAAAACGAGUAGAUAAAUAAGCAUUAAAUAAACUGCCUAAACAAGUCUAACGUCUCUCACUCAAAAGAGAGGCAUUGUGUGGCUGAAAAACUUGCAGCUAAAUCGUUCAUAUAAAACGUUUAAAAAUUUAACAUAACACAAACCUAUUUCUUACAACAUUUUCAAGCAGAAAAUUUAUGAAUUUGUGCAAUAACAAGAAUAGAAAAUCGUGUGACAAAAAGUAAUUGAAAUGUCAGCAGAGAAAAUCGAAGAAAUCCCUGUCGGCGAUGAACCCUUCUUGGGUACACUGGACAUUGCCAUAUUGGUGGCCUUAAUCGCAGGUGCCACAUGGUAUUUUAUGCGUAGUCGUAAGAAGGAGGAAGAACCCAUUCGCUCCUAUUCAAUACAACCUACAACUGUCAGCACCACCAUCUCAUCCGACAACUCAUUUAUUAAAAAGCUGAAAGCUUCCGGUCGCAGUUUAGUCGUUUUUUAUGGCUCUCAAACGGGUACUGGUGAGGAGUUUGCCGGUCGUCUUGCAAAAGAAGGCUUACGGUAUCGCAUGAAGGGUAUGGUUGCAGAUCCGGAAGAAUGUGAUAUGGAAGAGCUUUUGCAAUUGAAAGACAUUUCUAAUUCGCUGGCUGUAUUCUGUUUGGCGACAUAUGGCGAAGGCGAUCCAACAGAUAAUGCAAUGGAAUUCUUUGAAUGGCUUUCAAAUGGCGAUGCUGAUUUGAAUGGAUUGAAUUAUGCGGUUUUCGGCCUUGGCAAUAAAACUUAUGAGCAUUAUAACAAAAUGGCAAUCUAUGUGGAUCAGCGAUUGGAAGAGCUUGGUGCUACACGUGUCUUUGAGCUUGGUCUUGGCGAUGACGAUGCAAAUAUUGAGGACGACUUCAUUACAUGGAAAGAUCGUUUUUGGCCUGCUGUUUGUGAUUUCUUUGGUAUUGAGGGAGGCGGAGAGGAAGUGCUUAUGCGCCAGUAUCGCUUACUGGAGCAACCAAAUGUACAACCCGAUCGCAUCUACACCGGGGAAAUUGCACGCCUGCACUCCUUGCAAAAUCAACGUCCUCCAUUUGACGCUAAAAACCCAUUCCUAGCACCCAUCAUUGAGAAUCGUGAGUUACACAAAGGUGGCGAUCGCUCAUGUAUGCAUAUCGAGCUGGACAUUAAUGGCUCAAAAAUGCGAUACGAUGCUGGAGAUCACGUUGCCACUUAUCCUAUUAAUGACACCGAAUUGGUGGAAAAAUUGGGCAAACUCUGUAAUGCUGAUCUCGAUACGGUAUUUUCGCUCAUUAAUACUGAUACGGAUAGCAGUAAGAAACACCCCUUUCCUUGUCCCACAACUUAUCGCACUGCUUUGAAACAUUACUUGGAAAUUACUGCCAUACCAAGGACUCAUAUUCUCAAGGAAUUGGCAGAGUAUUGUACUGACGAGGCCGAUAAAGAGUUCUUAAGAAGCAUGUCUUCAAUCACACCCGAAGGCAAAGAAAAAUACCAGAGUUGGAUUCAAGAUGCCUGUAGAAAUAUUGUGCACAUCUUGGAAGAUAUCAAGUCGUGCAAACCGCCUAUAGAUCAUAUUUGUGAGCUAUUGCCUCGUCUGCAGCCGCGCUAUUAUUCUAUAUCAUCGUCUUCCAAAUUGCAUCCAAAUCACGUGCAUGUAACAGCCGUUUUAGUACAGUACAAAACCCCCACCGGACGUAUAAAUAACGGUGUAGCCACCACAUACUUAAAAAAGAAAAAGCCCGGUGAUGAAGAUGUUCGCGUACCGGUAUUUAUACGUAAGUCCCAAUUUAGGUUACCUACAAAGCCAGAAAUACCUAUUAUCAUGGUUGGACCGGGCACUGGAUUGGCUCCAUUCCGUGGAUUCAUUCAAGAGCGCCAAUAUCUCCGCGAUGAGGGCAAAAAUGUAGGCGACACCAUUUUAUAUUUUGGUUGUAGAAAGAGAAGUGAAGACUACAUUUAUGAAGAGGAACUGGAGGAAUUCAUCAAGAAGGGCACGUUGACUAUGAAAGCAGCUUUCUCACGUGAUCAAAAUGAAAAAGUCUAUGUUACACACUUAAUUGAAAAGGAUGCCGACUUGAUUUGGAAUGUGAUAGGGGAGAACAAGGGGCAUUUUUACAUUUGCGGUGAUGCGAAAAACAUGGCCGUCGAUGUCAGGAAUAUUUUAGUGAAAAUACUUGUGACAAAGGGUAACAUGAGCGAAGCUGAUGCUGUACAAUACCUUAAGAAAAUGGAAGCCCAGAAACGCUAUUCCGCCGAUGUCUGGAGCUAAAAACUUUGACGAACAGCGUAAUAUCUGAUCAAGUCUUUAAUUCUCGUUAAGUAGAAAAAUUAGUGUUAUGGCUGUUAUGGCGAAAAUGUGUGCAUCUUUAUAUGCAUGUGAAUGAAUACCAGAAUAGAUAAGUAAAGCAAAGUACAUCAACAAAAACUAAAAACAAUAAUUUAGUGGGAGGGCAUCACAUUCCGUCAUCUGCAAUACCAUCCCAGGCAGAAGCCUUUAUUGUGCCACAAAGCAGUUAUUAUUAAAAAUACUUGACUACAGUGUAGAAGCAGAAGAAGUAACUAGUUAAGUGAACUUUUGAAACUAAUGGUUUUGGAGUCUUUUAAACACGUGAAAAAUAUCAAGAAAAUUAAAAUAUUUGUAAGAUGAUUUAUUUUUUGAAAACAUUUCGUUUUUAAGCCUAAUGAAGUAAGUAGACGUGUUGAUAAAUAUACGAGAUAAACAUAUUAAAUAUUUAUUUUGUAUACUGGUGUAAAAUUUAUAUGAACCAUUGUGCAAUUUAUAAAAAAGAAAGUCAAUAAAGUAAACAUAUUUUUUAUUA